UACGUGCUUUUUUUCAACGUUUGAAUCCCACAGCUAUGCCGAGCAAAACUGUUCUACCCACAGCCCAGGAGGCUUUACCAGGACGGGCUGAGACUCUUCAAGUAGCUGCAAAACAUACUGUAAAUGGAAAUACGACAUUGGAACCAUUCCCAGCAGGCAUGGAACUGGCCAUGUUCGGAAUGGGCUGUUUUUGGGGUGUUGAGAAGCUGUUUUGGAAUCAGAAAGGUGUCUUUUCCACACAGGUGGGAUACGCUGGAGGUUAUACCCCGAAUCCCACUUAUGAAGAGUUGUGCACAGGUCUCACAGCUCAUGUCGAGGUUGUUCGAAUUGUGUUUGACCCUAAUGUGAUAAGUUAUUCAACAUUAUUGAAGAUAUUUUGGGAGAACCACAACCCAACAGAGGGAAUGGGGCAAGGAGAGGAUAUAGGGACCCAAUACCGUUCUGUGAUCUACACCUAUGGAGACCAACAGAUGAAAGCCGCCUUAAUAUCAAAGGAAACGUUCCAAAAGCAACUUGCAAGAUGUAACUGGGGCGCUGUCACCACAGAGAUCCACCCUACUCCUGUCUUCUACUACGCCGAGGAUUACCACCAGCAAUACCUGCACAAAAACCCAGAAGGCUACUGUGGCAUUAAGGGAACUGGAGUCACAUGCCCAUUGGGGAAUUAAUUUUGUCAUACAUUGAAAUAAAUAGAGGCCCUACUAUCCCUAAGAGAUCUUCCUGAUGUAAUCCAAUAUCCAGAUUUAUUCCCAACCACACAAUGACUAAUAUCAUAGCUAUAUAUUAAGAUUUUAAAGGAUAAUUAUCUAGGUUUGUCUCUCAGAGUUAUUUAAGAAAGUGAGAAUUCAAAGUGAAUUUCAAAUUUCAGACAAGAGGAGCCGAUCUGAAAGAAUAGCUGACUUACAGAAAUGUUCCUGUUAUUUUGACCUUAAAUUUAAAUUUACUUUGAAUUUGCAGUUUAGUGAAUUACCCUGUCUGUAUCUCAGCAUUCACCUAUACUGACCGUUGUUCCAGUGUUUAAACCCAAGCUAUUAUUGUAAGGGUUAAUUGUGAACAUACUCCUAUGAUGAACUUGAUGUAGCAUGUAGAUCACCAUCCUGUAUGAUUAAGUCAUGUUAAAACGAGGUCAUGUUUUAUCUCCCACACAAACAAAUCUCUUCUACUAUUCUAUACCUUUCCUUGGAAGUUUAUUUUCUUGUUAUAUGGUGGCUUUUAUUAAAUGAGUUUCCCUAAUUCUGCAUA